CGGACCUAGAUGCAUUUGCUAGGCGGCUGGAAGAACAGCAACAACAAGAAGCAGCUCAUCCCGCAAACGCUAGCAAUGCACCAUCAUCGCCCGCCAUCGCGCAAAACAAAUGCACCACCACAUCUCAGCAGAUUUCCAAUCGCGCACAAUCCUCGCGUCAAUCUGUUCCUGCCAGAGCAAACGUUUCCUACGGUCUGGGCGGACGUAGGCGCGAAGAAGACGAUCUCGAAGACUCUGACUGAUUCCCCCCUCCUAUCGCUCUGUUCCUCUUCCUUCCCUUUCACAUCUCUCUGCCGCUUCAACGCAUCAAACUUUGAUCUUACCCCAAAUCUUCAGUAGCAAUCAAUGCGCACUCCAUCAAGCCUCUUCAGCCGAGCCGGCAGGAGAUCUGGUGCCAUUUCGAAAAGAGCAGGGUCAAAGUUAUGAUUGAAUUGAUCGGGAAGACGGGAAAAAUCAUGAUGUGCGCGUGCAAUUGUCAAUGAUCCGAAAAGGCGGAGGGAGGGCUUGGAUGGGGAUUCGUCAUCAUGGCGCAGCAGUCAGCGCAAUCGCCGCAACUGUUCAUGUCGGGGUUGGAUGAUGCGAAUUGAAAAGUUUCAGAAGUGCGCGCUCCAGUGCAUCUGCACCGCAGCGCAUCACGCCAAAGAUCGCCU